AUGGGUGCACGACCAUCGGGCGCACGUGUCGGAAGCACCGAAGAUCCAAGCCAAACUCAGGACGAUACAAACGUGGUCCUGGAGGUCGUAAACAACUCCGGAUUGAGGUUGCACAGAUCUCACGUCGACCCUGUGGAAUUUGCACUUUCGCUACCUGAAGUUCUGUCUUCAACGCAUACUCUCAUCCUUCAAGAUGUUGGACAGCAGGAGGUCUUCAUCAACUACACGAGCUGCCAACCUCGUCCAAGUCCGCAGGAGGGGGUUAAGUGCUUGUCAACGAGCUCAGGGCUUUGCGAAUUUGAGUAA